AUGGCCUUCCUCGCCCCCGUCCUUCCCGCCGCUGUCCGCGCCACGGGUGCCCCGGCCGUCGCUAAGCGGCCGCGCCCUACCGCCAGAGGCACGCUGCCCGUCCGCCGCCCCUUCUUUGCCGCACCGCUUGCCGCCCGCUCCGCCCCGCCCCUUCGGAAGGGGGCCCGCACAAGGAGACUGGAGCCCGUCGCGGUCGCGGAGCUGGCCGCCGACCCCGCCUUCUCGGCGAGGUUUGCGGAGGUCCUCGAGUUUCUGGCCGCCACCACGCUUGUCAUUCCCAUCUUUCGCAGGCUCAACCUCUCCCCAAUUCUCGGCUUUCUGCUGUCGGGCGUCGUCUUAGGCCCGCAUGGCCUGCGUUUGGUGAAGGAUGUGGAAGAUAUUCGUGAGAUUGCAGAUUUUGGCGUCCUCUUUUUGUUAUUCGAAAUGGGGCUCGAGCUCUCGCUGGACAGGCUCCGCAAGCUCAGAAAGUACGCCUUUGGCAUGGGCGUCCUCCAGGUCACCGCCACGGCAGCCGUGCUUGGUUUGGGUGCAUAUGCUAUGGGCGGAGGGGUUGCGGAAAGUGCCGUUGUCGGCUCGGCCUUGAGUUUGUCCUCGUCGGCUUUUAUUUUGCAGAUUCUUGCGGAGAAGGGUGAGAGGCAGAGCCGCGCGGGCGUUGCCACGUUUGGCAUUUUGCUCUUUCAAGACAUCGCCGUCGUCCCGCUGCUCGUCCUCGUUCCCUUGCUUGGCUCCACCUCGAGUCUCAACCCGGCUGAUAUGGGGGGCGAUAUGCUCAAUGCACUUACGGAAGGGGCAAAGCAUAUUGUCGCCGUUCUGGGCACACUCAAUGUUGUCGUGCUUGCGGGCGGCGCAAUACUCAAGCGCGUCUUCAACAUGGUCGCCGAGAGCAAGUCCGCGGAGGCCUUCACUUCGGCCGUCCUGCUCACUGUCUUGGGAACCGCCCUGCUGACGGAGGAGCUUGGCUUGUCUAUGACCAUGGGAUCGUUUCUCGCCGGCGUCCUACUCGCAGAGUCUUCCUUCCGUUCGAGAAUCAAGGUCGAUCUCGAGCCUUUCCGUGGCCUGUUUCUCGGCCUUUUUUUUGUCACCACGGGCAUGUCGCUGGACGUGUCCUUGUUCUUUACCGAGCCGGGGCAGGUCGCCUUUCUUAUCGGCUCGCUCAUCUUUUGGAAGACCGCUAUCUGUACCCUUAUUGGUCUACCGUUCGGUCUGUCCCUGGCAGAGUCGGUGAGAGUGGGUUUGCUUCUUGGCCAGGGUGGCGAGUUUGCUUUCGUGCUAUUUGCGCUCGCCAAUAAGCUUGGCUUUCUUCCAGACGAUAUCAACGCGUUUCUCACUACUACCGUUGUCGCGAGCAUGGCAUUGACACCGCUACUGUAUGAAGCUGGCAUACAACUCGCGCCCAAGAUAGACGCUGUGGUUGGAUCCAGCGGCGGUACCGUCACGGCUGAAGCAGCUAUUCAAGAAGUCUCUGAUGACGACAAUUUUGUAUUAAUAUUCGGUUACGGGCCGGUGGGCAGGGUAGUCGGCAGAAUGUUGUCACGGAAGUUCAUUCGAUGGGUGGCGGUCGAAAACGACAUGCAAAGAGUUGAGAGGGCCUUGGCGUCAAACCGACCGGUUAUUUUCGGUGACAGCCAGCGUCCCACUGAGUUCUUGGAGGCAAACGGUCUGCCCAUGCCCGAGGCCUUUGUCAUAACCCACACAGAGGGAGAGCUGGUUGACGGUGUGUUGAGUGCUGUUCGAAACGCGUUUCCAGACAGACCCGUUUAUAUCCGCGCCAAGGAUCUCAAGCAGCAAAGAGAUUUUCUCCGGAAAGGAGCGAGGGCGAUGUACCCGGAAAACUUUGAGACGAGUCUGCAACUUGGACAGACCGUGCUGCAGGGCUUCAAGACGUCCAAGGUUGAUAUUCGAGCGAUUAAGAAUGAAAUCCGCGGCGACAACAAGAUGAACGAGGUUUUUGAUGAAUAUGAGGAUUGGUUUGACAGGAACAUGCGACAACCAAGCCCCACUGGACUUAAUGGCUCUAUCACGGAGACACACAUUGCUAGUGCGGGGAAGGAAACUCAGCACGAAAAUAGACAUAAUGCCGAAAUAGUCAAACCUCCUACACAUCAAGAAAGCAGCAGCAUCAGCAGCGUUAGUACAGAAAUGGAAAAUCACACCAACUUGAGCGAGGCCUCUAGUCACAGUGACAUGAAGGAUCCCGAAGCUACUUCGGCAGGCAAUGCGAUUGACUUGGCUAGUCCCUCCAGACCUUCUGAAAGCAAUAAGAUAUGAUGAAGGUUCUCCCCCUCGUCAAUAUCGUUAUAUACCGUCACCUUAUGACUUGGAAUCAGGACAGUCUGCGGGGCGGCCUACUUGUUUAUAUUUACAUUUCUGACUCAAUAGUAAAUAGUAUUUUGAUGAAAGA